AUGUUCCAGGUACGAAGCGUAUACUUCCCCCGUGAGCUGCUGCGUCCCAGCUCGCUGCUCACAAACUUGGUGCUGGACGACACUCGCUCUUCCAACUCCAGGCUCCCAGCAUCCUGCGACCAUCUCUUCGCUUACAUCAGUGACACGGUUGCACCAGGUAUCAUCGUUUAUGAUGGUCGUCGUGACAACGCGUGGAGAGUCACGCACGCCUCCAUGUACCCCGACCCUGACCUUGGAGAAUACGACAUUGGUGGAGAAAGGUUCACCCUUAUGGACGGUAUCGUGGGUCUCGCUCACUCUCCCGCACAAGGCUUGCUGUACUACCAACCUCUGGCCACUGACAGAUUGUUCAGCGUGUCGACUGCGGUACUAGCAUCCGGUCCACCGGCGGAAGGCACAGACUUGCCCGUUAACCUCGUAGGUCGCAAGUCCUCUCAAGGUCUCGGAGUGGCGGUAGACCCAAGGGAUGACACUAUCAUCUUCAGUCCCAUGACUGAAACUGCUAUUGCUGCCUGGAACCCCAUCACCAACACUCACAAGGUGCUAGCUCAAGACCCAGAAAAGCUGCAGUUCUGCGCCGAGGUGAGAUGGGCCGAACGCGACAAUGGCGCCAUCUGGGCACUUUCAACACGAUUCCACAAGUUCUUCCGACGCUCCGCUUCUAAACAUGAGACGAACAUUCGUAUCUUACGCGUGGUAGACAGUGGAUUCGUCUCGUUGCAGCCGCAUGUACUCCGUCGUGCUGUGCAGUACAACGCUACCUCCACUUCACAUUCUCCGCACUAAAGCGUCACCACCUGCACAAACAAGUGCACAGUAUACUAAGCACGGACUAAAGUCGUGCAAGCCAACGUCUGAUGACGUUCACUGCCAAAGUCAAUACAGAUUCCGUGACCAGCUAUUUUAUUUAAAUAUUUAUAACUACAGCGGUUUGUGAUGAUACUCUAGUAUGUACAAAAG